UUUACAAGUUAUAUAUAGCGUUGGCAUAACCAAAACAAGAAGCAAAUACCAAAACCCCAACUCUCAAAAGAAAAAUAUGGGGGAAGGUGAUGACCCGGCUCCAUUUUGGCUCCAAACCUCCGACAACCGCGGCGGUGACCGUCGCCGACCUUCAUCUUUCUUCUUAAACACCCAUAUCCUUAUCAUCCUCUUGUUAGUCAUUGCAUUUUCUUUCGUCUUCUUUAUCGUGCCUUCGUUUAUGUCUUUGACGUCCAAACUAUUCAAGCCUCAACUGGUUAAAAGAUCAUGGGAUUCACUCAAUCUAGUACUCGUGCUUUUCGCAAUAAUCUGUGGAUUCUUAAGCAAUUUGAAUAGCAGGAGCAACAAUGAUAACAAUGCACCAACUACGUACGAAGAUUACACCUUCUCUAAUGAUGCUUCCAAUCCCAAACAUGUCCCAGGAGGAUCAAACGCUUCCACAUCAGCUCAAUGGUAUGAAUAUGAUCACUACUUGUCGUCGUCCGACCAGAGUCGGACGGCUUAUAACUCAUUACAGAGGCUGAAAAGUAGCAGCUCUUAUCCGGAUCUACGACAAGAUUCUCCUUGCAUGAUGAGCGGUGAUGAGCGGUGGAGGUUUUAUGAUGAUACUCAUUUGUAUAAAUAUUACUCUAGUGGUAGGUCAAGGCGACAGAAUGAUGAAAAACAAGUUUUUGCAAAGGAUAUAGCUGUUGAUACUGUUCGAACGUCUCCGCCGCAGCUUCCUAAGAUAGUUAGAAGAAAACAUAAGCGGGCUAAUUAUGAAGUUCCACCGGUUCGGUCUCCGCCUUCACAACCACCACCUCCUCCGCCUCCACCACCAACAGGUCGGCCGGAAAAGAGAAGUUCCAAGGGUGAUAAAAAGGCAGGUGGGGGGAGUAAAGAAUUAUUGAUUUCAUUGAGAAGAAAAAAGAAGCAAAGGCAAAGAAGCAUUGAAAACCUUGAAGAAUUCUUUAGACUUUCAACGCUUCCUUUAUAUACACCCACAUCGCCUUCUCCUCCGCCGCCGCCGCCGCCGCCGCCACCACCAUUGGCUUCAUUCUAUCAAAUCAACUUUUGUUCAAAGAAAAGUAAAGGCAGAAAGCACCACUCAAUCCCUCCAUCGCCGUCGUCUUCACUGGUAGUAACAACCCAGAAGCCUCCUUUGCCAGUCAAGAUAAAUAACAUGAACAACGUAGAAGAGAGCAUGGAAAGCGGUAAUGAAUCACCGAUAAAUCCGAUCCCUCCACGGCCACCUCCACCGCCGUUUAAACUGCGGCCGUGGAAGUUCGAAGUACAGGGUGAUUUUGUUAGAUUAAAAAGUGCUUACAGUUCACGGGACGAAUCACCGGAUACGGAUGACCCAUUAAGCGGGGAAGCGAGUCCGUCGGAUGGCAAUAAAAUGGGUGAAAUGGAGGGUGAGGAUUCAACUGCCGGAGCAUUGUUUUGUGCAAGUCCAGACGUGAACACCAAAGCCGAUAAUUUCAUUGCACGGUUCAGGGCCGGUCUGACCCUGGAAAAAAUCAACUCCGCCCGCGGAAGGUCUAAUCUAGGCCCUGACCCAGGUCCAAUCACUUUUUUAGGAGGAUGAUGGUGAGGAUUCUCAACGAUGGUGGUGGGCGAUGGUUGCAUUAAGGUGAUGGUGUUUCGAUGGAGAUGGUGAAUGGUGGUGCAAACGGGUGUGAUAGGACCAACACAUGAUUUUAUGUUAAGGGAGAGUUACGAAUUUAUAAAAUUCUAAAUAGUAAAAAUGAAUUAUCAAAAUACUAAAAAUAUCUAAAAUUUAUAAUAAUUUGAAAAUUUUAAAGGGUGACUACCCCAGCUGCAUCUCGAUCUAUCGUUGAGUGUUGAUGAUUUUUAGGGAGAUUUCGAUGGUAGUGAAUGAGAUGGCUUCAAUGGUUUCUAAUACUAUAUGAUGUUUCAAAAGGGCAAUUGGUGGGAUGUGUGUCGAUGGAUCGAGAUUUAGAUAUUUUUAUUAAUAAUAUAUUUGUAUUUUUAAAAAAAAUUAUAAAUUCAUUUUUUAAAUUUAAAAAUUAAACUUCAAACGUAAAACCAUAUAUAUGCUCAUGUAAAUGUUGGUAGAGAUGGUACGGGUAUGAAACUU